AUGGGUAGUGAAAAUAAGAAUGUGGUGCGUGUGGGAUCAAGGAAAAGUGAGUUGGCACUCAUACAGACAAAUUUCGUGAUAGACAGUUUGAAGAAAGUCUAUCCUGAUAAAGAAUUUGAAAUAGUAUCAAUGACAACUCUAGGAGACAGAAUAUUAAAUGUAUCACUGCCAAAGAUUGGUGAGAAAUCAUUAUUUACAAAGGAUUUAGAAGAUGCAUUGCGGAAUAAUUCUGUUGACUUUGUUGUGCACUCUUUAAAGGACUUGCCUACAACAUUACCUGAGGGAUUGGCAAUUGGUGCUGUAUUUGAAAGAGAGGAUCCGAGGGACGCCCUGGUGCUUCGGGAGGAACUGAGCUCGCACAGCCUCAAAACACUCCCGGCGGGUUCGGUUAUAGGCACGUCUUCUUUAAGACGCACCGCUCAACUCAGGGGCGCGUAUCCCCACCUCUCCGUGGUCGACGUCAGGGGCAACUUGAACACCCGCCUCAGGAAGCUUGACGCAGCCAGCAAGGAUUACUCAGCGCUCUUGCUGGCCAACGCCGGCCUCCAGCGAAUGGGAUGGGCGCAUCGUGUUUCCAAAAUCCUUCCCUGCUCCGAGAUAAUGUACGCCGUGGGCCAAGGCGCUCUAGCAGUGGAGUGUCGCUCCGACAACGAUGAGAUACUGAGCAUGCUGGCCCCCUUCAACCACCCAGAGACCUACUGUCGGGUGCUCGCGGAGAGGAGUUUCCUCAAGACCCUGGGCGGCGGUUGCAGCGCACCGGUGGGCGUGUCCACGAAGCUGAGGCAAAUGGACGCCCAGUACAAGCUGACGAUAGACGGGGCCGUGUGGAGCAUGGACGGCACCACUAGGAUCGGGCACACGCUGGAGCAAGCGCUGCCGGCGAUCAGGAAGACGCAGAAGCACAAGCUCAGCCCGACGGAGGAGGCGCAGUCCAAGAAGCUGAGGAAGAACGGGGCCGGUGCCAGCCCGAAUCCGGUGGAAGAGCUGAACAGGAGGAUAUCCGAGGGCAGGGGGGUGAGUUGUGUCGACACGCGAUCGCCCGACGAGAUCGCCGCCCUUAGGCAGCCGAGGAUAUUCUGCGGCCUAUCGCGAAACGGCAGCAUUCCGGACGAGGUGAUAAUCAGCUGCGACAACCUGGGCAGGGACCUGGCCAACACGCUGAUAUCCAAAGGCGCCCUGGACGUGAUGAAGGUGACCCAGGAUAUAAUUAGGAGCGCCGCGGCCGCACAGAAGUCC